CCAGGGUGGCAAGUACAAUGAAAUAACUUUCUCUAUAACAAAGCAUUCCAACCACCCCAAUCCCCAUAUAUCUCAGCAGGCUGCACCCUCCAUGUGCAUGGAUCUAGGAGAGUUGGCUUAGCGACCUGUCCCCGCUCUGUACUGGUGCAGGAUCCAGUAAGCCACGGUUGGGUAUCUCCAGGGACAGAUCUCUUCCGCCUUAGAACGUUCAUCAUGCUGAAGUUCUACGGUAGAACUACAUCUCCCUACAUGCUUUGCUUGCCGUCACUCGAGCUCCCGUGAUGCUUUGGCAGCUGUAGUUUAGAAAAUGAACCAGUCGGCUCACUCUGCUCGCCAAGAACGCCGCCUGUGACGUCACAGGAAGUAACCCUCCGGCGAGGUUGCGGCGAGCUAGUGCUCCACGUUCUCAGGAAGUUUAAAUAUCGCGGGUUUACAGCUGCUCUGUAUAAUUCUAAGUGUCAUGUCGACUUUCUCUGUGGAUCCUUUUGGAGGUGAACCAAUGGCGCUCGGAUCACCAACAUCUCCAAAACUUGGCGCCAGUGCCCAGUUUCUACCUGGCUUUUUAAUGGGAGAUAUACCAAUGCCUUCAACACCACAGCCACGUCCACCAUUGGGGGUAAUGGAGAUGCGGUCUCCUAUGCUUUCAGGUGGAUCUCCUCCUCAGUCUGUAGUUUCUACGCAUAAAGAGAAGAGUGGGGCACCUCCUGUUGGAAGUAUUUAUGAUGACUUUUCAAGCCCAGUUUUUGGUUCCACACUGUUAAGUGCAAGAAAACCGGUCAACUUCUCUGGGGUCCAAACUCCAGCAUCUGCUGCAAUUCCUUCAACUCCAGGUGCAGCUUCUUGUGUCUUUAGUCCAGCAACUGUUGGGCAAAGUGGUAAAUCUGCCCUUUCCCCUGCACAGAUGGAUCCAUUCUACACACAGGGUGAUACAUUGACUUCAGAUGAUCAGUUAGAUGAUACAUGGGUGACUGUAUUUGGAUUUCCCCAAGCCUCUGCUUCGUAUAUUCUACUGCAGUUUGCUCAAUAUGGAAACAUAAACAAGCACGUGAUGUCUAAUACUGGAAAUUGGAUGCAUAUACAAUAUCAGUCCAAAUUACAAGCUAGAAAAGCGUUAAGCAAAGACGGAAAAAUUUUCGGUGAAUCUAUUAUGAUUGGUGUGAAACCUUGCAUUGAUAAAAGUGUAAUGGAAAGUGGUGAGAAAAGUCAAUUGUCUUCCGUGACUACGGUCUUCAGCCCAUCCAUAAAAGCAUUUGACACACCCACACAUCUUGUUGGUACACCAAAGGCAAACUCCAAAAUGCGUCCACUUUCUGCUGCUUAUAGAGCAUCAACUAGUGACUAUCAGGUAAUGUCAGAUAAACAGACUCCUAGAAAAGAUGGAAGUAUGGUAUCAAAAGCAAUGGAAUACAUGUUUGGUUGGUAGCAGUUCAACACCAGCCUACUUGCCCCACUUACUGGUUAAUUGUAUAAUCCUGGUUUGCAGACGCUGACACUGAAAUGCACGAACCAGACGUGGUGGUUGUUUGUUUUUUUUGUGUUUUUUUUUUCCUCUUUAACUUUCCCCAGUUUCUAAAAGGUAAUUGCACUUAGAGGCUACUGAAACGCCAUUUAUAUUAAACAAAAUCAAUGUUUAAGAUACAAUCACAAUUUGUAGAUUGAAAAUCUGCUUUCUAUAAUCUGUAUCACACUGCUGGAGGUCUUUCAUUCAGCACACAGAUGGUACAGCUGUUUAGAGUCCACAUGUAUUAUUCUUAGUGCUCAAUACACCUAUAUAGAUUUUACAACCAUCUGUUGUGUUUAACCCUUUGUUGUACAUUGUUGCUGUUAUUUUCUUCACCGCAAGUUUGCCUUAAAUUAUCUCCCUGAUCACGUUUUUCAACUGAGCAGCCUUCUCCUUCACCCCUCCAUCCAGCUCAGGCGUUACUCCCCAUAUGCAAUGGAUAGAGCAAUGUAGAAUUGGGUGUGUUUGCUAGUCUGGGCUGACUUUCUCUGCUUAUGAUUGCCAAAGAUGUCUGAGCUGGAAGAUUAGGAGGAGGGAAACCUGCUUCUUUGAGAUGAACUGCAGGUGAGAUCAUUUUAUUUAGGCAAACUUUAGGUCGAGAGAAUAAGAAACUGUAACAAUGUACAACAGGUUAAACAAACAGAUAUUUUGUAAAGGAUACAAAAGUGUAACUCCUAAAGGAGCUGAUGUCCUGAGGGAGUGUGGCGCUACUUGAAAAACCCCUAACUUAAUAUCGGAAGAGACGGUUUUGGAAACUGAAGCAAGGGAAAUAGUACAAGUGCAGACACAGUUACUCAAUUGGUGUGCUGGGUACUAUUGCAGCAGCAUGAUACAGAUUAUAGAAAACUUUUGUUUCAAGCUACCAAUUGAGUUUAUUUUAAACAUUAAUUUUGUAUAUAUUAAACUGCAUUUUACAAUCAGUGGCCUCUCUGUGCUUUUAUUUUAGAUACUAGGGUUUUUCUUGUUUUUUGUUUUUUUUUAAACAAAAGCUAGGAUUGCUUUUCCAAAGGAGCUGCCAAUGAGAACGUCGAGUAUUUAAGGAAUACUCAUUUUAUUACCAUCACUGGUUUUUAAUGUGUAUUGGCACAAUGGAUUUGAACCAAGGACUGUGUUCAGUGGUGCAUACGACUUUAGUACUACUGUUGAAUGUUUCUCUUUAAAAUAAAAAAGAAAGGGCUCUUUCUAAAGAAA